CUCCUCCUUUUACCGCACUUUGCCAAAUUUCUCCUCCUUAAUUUUGCAAUACGUGUCACUUUUUGGGUAUUGAUAUUGCGACAGCACGUGCACUGGCUUAUUGACCAACUUUUUGUGACAUCCAGGUUCAUGACGAUGGUGGUGAGUAUUUAUCACACUUUAGAACACAAAUUCGUUAUUUACGUUUCGAUCAAUAUUAUCCAUUGUCAUUGCCGUCUCUCGAACAACUUUCUCAUUUGCAUACACUGAUUAUUGAUGAUCCACGAUUAGAAUCGCUUAAACAUCUUUUAUGUGGAAAUGUGCUUAAAAUUGGUCAGAAUAUAUCGUCGUAUCCACUUGUUUAUAUGGAAAAGUUAUACGAGUAA